CUUAGGCUCCAUCUCCACGGGCGAGAGUAUCGCGGCGAUAGUCUUGCCGUGCCACCAAAUCCGAUACAAACUCUAUGGGCCUAUCUCCACAGGGCGAUACUAACGCGGUGAUACGACGAGUGGCUGGACGAGUAUAACGUCGCGGACUCGUACGUCGAGUCUCGUGGCGAUACCGCCACGUUACGCCACAGUUGAGAGACCCAACGAGGUGUUGCAGUAUUGUCACGACGACAACACGCUGGCGGAAUCAUCGUUGUAACGUGGAGAUUAUCCGACGAUAGCUGUAGGACGAACUCUUCGCGAUACUCUCGCCCGUGCAGAUGGCGCCUUAUUUGCGUAAUGAAGACUAAUCUUGCUAUUAAUGUAGGAACAGAAGGCAAACAUGUCGACAAACGAAGUGUUGAAGAAAUAAAGUGCUAUGAAAAUGGACGAUUUUACCGAAAUCCUGAUCGUGCAGACGAUGUGAUAUGGACGAGCGACGAGUGUUCUCGAUACUACCUUUGCUUGGACGGCGAUGUAUUCGACUUCCAAUGCACCAAGGGUCUGCUGUUCGACGUCGACCGGCAGCUGUGCGACAAGCCGCAGAAUGUGCAUAACUGUGAAGUGACAACCGAGACAGUGAUACCGAAGCCACAACUAGAGAGUGCUUUCUGCGCAAAUGAGACCCAUCUCGGAUGCGCUGAUGACGUUUGUAUUCCGGCGGAGUACUUUUGCGAUGGAUCCAUGGAUUGCGACGACGCAUCAGAUGAGGGUUGGUGCGAUGUCAGAUCCGACCCAAAUGCUGCGGCACCGUGCGAUCCUGGACUAUGUCAUUUGCCAGAAUGUUUUUGCACCAAGGAUGGAAAACAAACACCCAACAACCUAGUUGCAAGUCAGACACCUCAAAUGAUCACCCUCACAUUCGACGGCGCCGUGAACCAUGAGAACUGGGACAUCUACUCGCGGAACCUGUUCACGGCGGAGCGCGUGAACCCCAACGGCUGUCCCAUCCGAGCCACGUUCUUUGUGUCUCACCCCUACACCAACUACCGGCAUGUGCAGAGAUUGUGGAACAACGGCCACGAAAUUGCUGUACAUUCUAUCACACACCGAGGCCCAGAAGAAUGGUGGUCCAAAAAUGCAACCGUUGAAGACUGGUUUGACGAAAUGGUUGGCCAGGCGAAUAUAAUUAACCGAUUCGGUCGAGUUUGGAUGGAAGAUUUUAGAGGAUUGCGAGUCCCGUAUUUGUCAGUGGGCUGGAAUAGGCAGUUCCUUAUGAUGCAGGAGUUUGGAUUCGUGUAUGAUGCCACAGUGGUGGCGCCUUUAGCUGAUCCUCCAUUCUGGCCUUACACGAUGGAUUACAAAAUGCCCCAUACUUGUUCUGGAAACAACCAAUACUGCCCAACUAGAAGCUACGCUGGUCUUUGGGAGAUGGUGAUUAACCCCCUCGUCAACGGUGACCACACCUGCGCUACCUUAGAAUACUGCCCAUCGAACCUUAGCGGAGACGACGUGUACAACGUGCUCAUUGAAAACUUCAAGCGGCAUUACUUGAAGAAUAGAGCGCCGUUCGGGAUUCACCUCAAUUCGACAUGGUUGAAAAAUAGCGACUAUUUAAAUGCUUUAAAGAGAUUCACCGAUGAGCUGCUAAAGCUUCCGGACGUAUAUUUCGUAACAUACAGCGAAGUUAUCGACUGGAUAAAGCGACCGACGCCAGUCUUGCAACUCAAGAAGUUCCAGCCCUGGCAGUGCAACAAACGACAAUUCGCAGAAUCCGAAAUCGCUUGCAGCAAACCAAACACUUGUAAACUACCCUCCAAAGUGUUAGAACAUGACAAAUACAUGAUUACCUGCAUGGACUGCCCUAAAAGUUAUCCGUGGAUACGAAACGAAUUUGGAUUUGAAUAGCAUCUAAUCUUAUUGUAACUUCUCAUAGACAAAGAUGUUAUAGACAAAUGUAAAGUUACCAAUAUUUUAUAAGUUUUGUAAAUGUUCUGUAGUUAAGCAUGUUGGGAGCCAUUUACAUAACAAAAACUCUUUGGAUUCAUUCAAUUCAAAUCUGCUGUCUGCUGCAUUGAAAGGUGGAGGAACUUUAUUGAAAAAGAUGAAUAAAAUCGAUGAAAUAAACCAAAGGAAUCAAUUGCUAACGAAAAUGAACCCAAAGUAUUCAAAACAUGUAAAUGGAUCCUAAUAUCCUAAUAUUAAGAUCUUAAUUUAUUCCCUUCUAUUAUAAGUGUAAUUUGGUUCUAUGGACUGUGAUGCUUCGAAAUCCAUUAUAUUUUUGUAUGAUGUAUAUGGGUGUCUAUCUCUUUAGUUUAAAGUUUUGUACACAACUGUGAAAACAGGCGCCAUUGUUGUUUAAUAAUUUAUUUCUUAUUUUUUGUAAUAAAAAAUUUAAAAUAACAUUUUCGUUUUAUUAGUUUGUCACCAUUCUAUGUUUCUUAGAAAAAAUUUCUAUAAAGUGGACUGUAUCCAUUAUUGGAAUAAAAUAGCUAGUGUUUAUUUUUUAAUUUUUAGUUGUUCAAAUACCAGAUGAGACAAGCAAAUUUUAGAAAAUCUUUGAACACAGUUUGUUUCUUUUUAAACAUAAGAGAAUGUUUCCUUUAAGUAAAAUGAUCUAACUUAAGGAUUAAGGUAGUU